AUGUCGCGGUUUGAGUUGGAGGAGUUGUCACGUUUCGGGGACUCCGCGGACAACCAGGAGCUGACGGACAUAUUAAGCUCGUCUAAGGAGGAGCACUUCAACAGCCUGUCGGAUGUUCGUGUGAGCCCAGAUGGACGUCACAUCCAUAUCAUCCUCCGCAACCCUCAGGUCGGUCUUAUGACUUAUGACAAAUACGAAAGACCCCUGCCGACUCAGAACCGCAAGAAACUGGAGUUGUUUUCUCCACAAACUGUUCCGGUCGUGGAUAUUUGCUACUUGGAUCAUUCCAACAACCGCAGCCGAGCGGCGGUCGCUGCAGUGAUUUAUGAGAAUGGAAAAGCAGAGUUUUGGUGCUUUCAGGAGAGCAAGGCUGGCUGGCGUCUCCUGCAGACAUCAGAUCUGUGCAACAGCCCCCGGGCCAGAGUUGUGUCUGUCUGUGCUCGCUCCAGUUUUAUCACCUGGUGUGAGGAGAGACCCCCCUCAGAGAGCUCCACGAGGAACAAGUUAAGGUACUGUGUUUGCAGACGUGACUUUGAGGUCGAGGAAGGGGCUGUCAUCUUGGCAGGGGUGAAAAUUAUCCUUCACAACAAUCCUAAAUUCGCUGUGAUCAGCUCGGGUGAGAACGUGCACCUUCUUCCUGACCUGAAAGCGAAGCCGCUGUCGUGCAUCUUUAAAUUCUUCCUCACCUGGUGUCCUCAUCACGACUCCUUCACUGUCAGCGCCGUGGGUAAAAACACCCCCAUCAAAAGGCUUUCAUCCAAAGAGUGUGACUUUAAGAAACUGAUCACUGACUGUUUAGGAUAUUUAUCGGCUCUGGAGCCACCUGAGAUUAUCACUUUCGCGCCUACGGACUGUGGAGGUCUGCUGCUUCUCCUCAGCAAUGGCUGGCUGUGGCUCCUGCAGAAAGACGGUACAAUGAGACAAGUGCACAAACUGCCGGAGAACUGUUUGGUGAAACAUGGCACACAUGCCAACAUAUGCGCGUACAUAAAUGUUGUGGCGCUAAUAAUGGGGCAAAACCUGCAUCUGAUAGAGUUGAGUUGUGGCAGGGAACUGCAAAGGAUUGUGUUGAAGAGAGGGGGUGUUUUAUAUGCAAACCAGACCGAAAGGCAAACUCCACAUCUGCUCUCAGAAACUGGACUUUUUGUGGUAGUGGACACAAAAACAGACUCCGCAGACUGCAGUUUUAAGCUAAAGCCUCCUGGUUUCAGUAUGGUUGAGAGUGUUCAUCCUGGUGCCCUCUUGAUAGAAGCGGUUUUUGAGGAGGCUUGUAAAUACUACCAGCAGAGGAGCCUGAGCAGCACCCAGCUCACCGUGGACACGUUAAAGAAAGGAGGAAGAUUCCAGGCUCCCAUCUCUUUAGCCUCCAUCCUCAGGAGCUUCCUCAGCACGGGUUUGACGAAGAAGGGUGCAGAGCUGCUGCAGAACGGAGAAGGGGAAUUUAUUGCAGGUCAAGACAAGCUCAUGGCCUCUCUGGAGGGCGAGCUCAAGGCCCUCGUUUCUCUGGAGGAGCUGAAGGGGAGUUUAGUGAGGGGAGGCACUAAAGAGGUAGAGGUGGUGUGUGAGACUCUAGUGGAGAAAGAAGUGGUGAGACUGCUGUCAUCUUCUGAGUUGGAUAAAGAGGAGCUGCUGUACCUUAACUCAAUCUUCAGCAUCUUCCCCUGCCAAGCAUGGAGGGCUGUCCAGGCUGCACUUCAGCUGCACUGCAACGGGGAGGGCUCUCUGUCCAGCAGGGCUCCGUCAGACGUGUGGAAAGCUGUCCUCAGUCAUCAGCUGUCCAGCCCUACAGCCUCCCGUUUGCUUCUAAACGGGCAGCCGAAAUUCAACCACAGCCGUAAAGGUGAUCAUACUUCUAAAGGCAAACCCCCCACCUCUCCAGCUGUCCUGCCGGUGUUUGAGCUCCUCUGUCAGUCAGUUCUUCGCUUCCAGCCCACGUGGCUCCCCAGAGUCCUUGAGCUCGCCCAGCAGCAACAAGGCUCCGCGAGUUUGGGUCUGAGCCUCGCUUCUUCCUCCUGGAGUUUUUCCAGUGGGAGAGGAGGGGAGGGCGAGAACAACGUGCCUUUGUAUAAACGAGCGCUGUGCGUCUUGUCCGGCAUAAGCCGGGACGGAGACCAGCACCGGAACUUGGAGGUGGAGCUGCUGCUGGUCGGUGGACGGCCCAACGCCAUCCUGCAGGCUCUGAGGAUCCUGAUGAACGAGCGGCAGUGGGAGCGGGUCACCCAGGUGGCCCAGCAGUUCUGCAAACAGAGCCCGUUGCUCAACAAGGAGAUUUUUACCACGCUGCUCUGCGAGGUGGCUCAGCAUAGAGAUCUGGACCCUUACCUGGACCUGCUGUGGACACUGUGCCCUGAAGACUUCACCGUCACCACAAUCCUUAACUUGGUGCUCAAAAGCCUCCCCUCUCCUAACACUUCAUCCCACCCCGCUUCUUUCUCUAUGUCCCACACAAACUCCUCGUCUCCUCCUUUUGCAGACCCUCACAGCAGCAGCCAGCUGACCAUCGGGCUGUUGAAGCCCCUGCUGAGGAAAGUGCUUCAGAGUGAGACGAAGCCAAGUCAGCGUUACGUUGACAUCCUACAAUCCCCGUCUUACCCCCCUCCAGCUCUUCCUCGCCAGCCCACAGAGCAGGCGAGCGCCGUCACACACCCGAGCAGAGACUCGUCUCUGUGCAGCAGCGUCACGGCGGCUCUUCGUGCAGAAACACCCGAGCAGCGGCCGUCCACCCACGCCACCAUUCAAAGGUCCAGCAUUGCACUUUCUGCUGCCCCGCUUGGAUUUGAUUAAAACUGCACAAACCGAAUGUAGAACUCGCGUUCCACACACGGUCUUUACAAAAUGUGU